ACCCUUUGAGUCCUUGCAUGAAACAGAGUUUGGUGUCGUUGAUGCUUAAGGAAUGCCAGUGAGUCCUCAUGGCACGCUCAUCUGGGUACAGGGCCGACAGCCCAAUCUCGACUAGUAUUGAAGACGACAACUACAACGAUUACGAAUACCACGAUAGCGACGAUCCGAAACGCCGCAUCUCAAACAUCACCGCGACAUCUAUCUCUUCUUUUCCGGAAUCGACUUGGCCAUCCGACUCUGAUGUGCUUGGACCAUAUUACUCAACCACAAAACCACGACCUGCGUAUCGUGUGGGAAGUCUACGUCCAUCACCAUCGUCUCUGCGGCCUUCAAAGCACACAUCCCGUCGCGCAAGAAGCAGAGAAGAGAGGGACAAAUCACCUCGGAACAAAGAAAGGCAUGUUGUACGAUACGAACCUCAACCACCCGCCCCUUUAGUCCUUCUACAUGUCUCGGUACUGCCUCCGCGUUUACCCUGGAAUCGCUCUGUCCUUGACGCAACUCUGUCUUCCGAACUCAAGCGACAGUUUGGUGUGCUCCGAGCCGCAACAUCUGGACUUGUAGCUCAACGAGGCAUCCUUAUCGCCCACCCGCGAGAUGAGUUCGAACUGUUGGAAGAAGGUGUGCUUGAGGCCUUGGAUCUGCUUCCCGAGCGCAUCGACUAUGAUGGACAAUAUAGACCUCGAACUCCAGGCACCGUUGUGGAUGGGGAAGAGGAUGAAGUGGACAGCGAGCUGAAACCUUGUGAGACUUGUCAGCGAGUACACACAAGCGAGGUCUCGUGGUAUACCAGGGUAUAUGCUGCCAAUGGUCUCAUGCGUGCCGGCGCAUGGGCAGCCUGCUGGUCUGAGAUGGAGAGGGUGGAUGUUGAGGUUCGACCUUGCAUCUCGGAAGAGCUAUGCCAGAGACUUGAUGACAUGCAAUCGGCUGAGCAGAUCGCCAACGAACGACAGAUACACGAUCAGGACAAGCGAUCGGACUCCGCUGUCGCUCCUGACUAUGUUCCUUCUCUACACGACCAUCUUCCCCUGAUUUAUCAACCUAAGGACGUUCCUCUGGGCCUCGUUCUACGCAACUACAUAAAUCUCGUACUGCAGAAUCGUCGAAACGUCGUUAUUCUGUCUCUCGUCUUGACCUUGUUGGCAUCCAUCACGUAUGGCAUCAGCAAAGCCUCGAACCAGACUGAAGCUAUUCACACAGCUACCAUCCCGCCUAGCAUAACACGGAUCGAUGUUGGCCAUGGGAAGCGACACCCAAUGUGGACAAAAGGCAUUGCUGGGCCACAGAAUGCUCUGGCGCGAACAGAAAAAUAUGAGAUGUCGAAGCCAGGUCUACUCACCGCAUGCCUGUCCGAAGACGCCAUCGAACAUUCUGUGAUUUACGAUCGAAGCCCCUCAAUCGCCAGUUCGGCUACUAGUCCUGACUUUUCCGACACAGUAUCAUCGCAGGCAGUUACCCUAUCACCGAACCCAGUCUUUCUGUCGCUACUCGAUCCUACUAUCCAAUAUUGUCCCAAGGACUCACUGUCAGAAGCUAGGCAGUAAGAUCUUCUUCGUGCACCAAGAUCGCGUUUCUUUUCUUGUUCUAAAUUUCUACAGCACGACUAGCGAGCGAGCGUUUUUGACGAUUUUCUUGAUUUUGGUUUUCCUUUUUCCUGUACUCUGUUGAAGCAAGGCACAACAGUAUCUCCAACGGACGAGACCGACGCUUGCAGCCAGCCCAUAUAUCUUUCUCGAUGACAUGGCUGCGAGCUUGGAAAACGUUGUGCUUUGAGACAGCUACGAGUGUGACAGUAUCACACAUACGAGGAGGUGCGAUACAUUGGCGGAGAACAACUGAAUGUAAUUUACGAGAGACGAUUUUGUAUAUAGUAAUGUAGAGAGAAGAAAGCGGGCAAGUUCCGGCACCAGUAUCCUCUCUAUUGUCACACUUGAACACGAGUGUAAUUCACUAUCGACAUGUCUUCUGUCAUGUAUGUGCCACGC